UGAUACCUGUCAGUGUCCAUCAGUGUCAGCUGUCAGUGCUCAUCCAUGCCACCUGCCAGUGCCCAUCAGUGCCACAUCAAUGCCACAUCAAUGCCACAUAUCAGUGCCUACCAGUGCACCCAUCAGUGCCAGUCAGUGCCACCUAUCAAUGCCAAUCAGUGCCACCUAACAGUGCCACCAAUCAUUGCCACCUAUCAGUGCCAGUCAGUGCCACCUAUCAGUGCCAGUCAGUGCCGCAUAUCAGUGCCAUAUAUCAGUGCUGCCUUUCAGUGCCCAUCAGUAAUGCCU